AUGGACCUGGCAGUGGGAGGACUGCAGAUGAGUUCUGCUCUGGAUCUGCCACUGGAGCCGAUGACGCCCCACGUGAGCGACUCUCUGCUCUGGUUCGUGCCGCUGUCUCCACGCACUCAUUGGGAGACCAUUGUGACGGCCAUAGUGCCGGCUGUGGCGCUAGCAUCAUCUGCAUUGAUCAUCUUGUUCUUCUGCGCUGGCGCCAUACCGCCUUUUCGGCGCCGAGUCUGCACGCACUGGGCAACACACUGGUUCUUCCCCCUCUUCGCUGCACUCAUUUUAGUUCCUGUCAGGCAGCCAAGAUCCUGCAGUGCCAGGGUGCUGUUCAUCUUCUGGGUGCUGUUUAGCAUGUUAAUACAGACGGUAAUACAGUCUGCCAUGACCAGCUAUGUUACGCAUCCCUCGUACCCACAAAGUAUACACUCGGAAGAGGAGCUUGCUGCUUCUGGAAUGACAUGUGCCUCCGUUGACCAAGCUGCGGGCUUCUACCGCAAGGUUAAACGGGCCAAUUCUCCGGAAAUAACUAAGACAUGUUCGCCGUAUCUCGAGUGUAUUCACCGUUUAUUGUGCGAGAGGGACAUAGCAAUGCUCGCUUCAGAGCUUAACUUCAGAUAUGCAGCAGGGGCAGACAUGAAGAUAGGUGCCAGGUACGCUUUCGCUCCUCUACCUGUCGCUGUGAACUCGGCAUAUCGCAUGGUAGCCUUCGCUAAACACCGGCUAUUAGCUUCACUUGUGAAUCAUAAAAUCCAACAGGUGAUGGAAGGAGACCUCAUCUCUGCAACGAUGCGAAGGCAAAUGCAGAAAGACAGACAAGACUACACCUGGUGUCCCACUGCUUUCAUCAAAGAUAGUGGAUCCCAAGCAAAAAUUUUGGUAUUCAUGGCUUUCCGAUUUCAAUAUUUAAUCAUGGUAGCUUGCAGCCUCAUUGUCUUUGCUGCUGAGCUGCUUCACGCUAAGGUUUCUACAGUUAUUUCGCGUCACAGGUUGCAAGCUCACUGA